UAGACUCGCUUUGCUUCCUCCGGCUUCCAUGCUAUUCAAUCCUCACACAGAUACAGUGACGUAUAUACAUAUACAUAUACAUAUAAUAUAUAUAUGUAUAUAUACGAACAGAUACGGAUAAUCAUCUGCAGAUCUUGAAUUUGAGAGUGUUGGUCUGUGGUGAAUUUUAGAGAGAGAAUGGAGAGAAGGUCUAGCGCGAUUCAGCUGUGUUUUUGUUUUGCGAUCUUCCUCUUCAUCGCCACCGCUCACUGCUUCUACCUUCCAGGCGUUGCACCCCAAGAUUUCCUCAAGGGUGAUCUUCUGAAGGUCAAAGUGAAUAAACUGGCCUCUGUUAAAACCCAACUUCCAUACUCCUACUAUUCCCUUCCUUACUGUAAACCAGAUAAAAUUGUAGACAGCGCGGAGAAUCUUGGGGAAGUUCUUCGGGGUGAUCGUAUUGAAAACUCUCCCUAUAUGUUUAAAAUGCGAGAGCCACAAAUGUGUAAUGUUGUGUGCCGUGUUACACCUAACGCCAAAUAUGCAAAGGAAUUCAAAGAGAAGAUAGAUGAUGAAUACCGGGUGAACAUGAUUUUAGAUAAUCUCCCGCUAGUCGAGCCUUAUAAAAGAGGCGACAUGGAUUCAGUUGUGUAUCAACAUGGUUUCAGCAUUGGUCUAACAGGACAGUAUGCUGGAAAAAAGGAGCAGAAGUAUUUUAUCAACAAUCACUUGACGUUUACAGUGAAGUUUCAUAAGGAUGAACAGACUGAUGCUGCAAGAAUUGUGGGAUUUGAAGUCAAACCAUUCAGUGUUAGGCAUGAAUACGAGGGUAAAUGGGAUGAUAAAACACGUUUAACGACCUGUGACCCCCAUGCGAAACGCACUGUAACCAGCUCUGACUCCCCUCAGGAGGUUGAAGAUAAGAAGGAAAUCAUCUUCACAUAUGAUGUUGAGUUCAAGGAAAGCGAAAUUAAGUGGGCAUCUAGAUGGGAUACUUAUCUUUAUAUGGCUGAUGAUCAAAUCCAUUGGUUCUCAAUUGUCAACUCUUUAAUGAUAGUCCUUUUUCUCUCUGGAAUGGUGGCCAUGAUCAUGUUGCGGACCCUUUACCGUGACAUCUCCAAGUACAACCAGCUAGAGACUCAGGAAGAAGCUCAAGAAGAAACUGGAUGGAAAUUGGUCCACGGUGAUGUUUUCAGACCUCCAGCAAACUCAGAUUUGCUUUGUGUUUAUGUUGGAAAUGGUGUUCAGUUCUUUGGGAUGAUAGUAGUUACCAUGAUCUUUGCUUCACUAGGGUUCCUAUCCCCUUCAAACAGAGGAGGAUUGAUGACAGCUAUGCUUCUUCUCUGGGUAUUCAUGGGCCUUUUUGCUGGAUAUGCCUCGGCUUGUUUAUACAAGAUGUUCAAGGGAACAGAAUGGAAGAAAAUUACUCUUAAAACAGCUUUCAUGUUUCCAGGAAUCAUUUUUGCCAUAUUCUUUGUGUUGAAUGGUCUAAUCUGGGGUGAGAAAUCCUCAGGGGCUGUACCAUUCGGGACCAUGUUUGCAUUAGUGUUCUUGUGGUUUUGCAUUUCAGUUCCUCUCGUUUUCGUAGGUAGUUAUGUUGCAUUUAAGAAGCCAGCUAUAGAGGAUCCAGUGAAAACCAAUAAGAUUCCAAGGCAAAUUCCCGAGCAGGCCUGGUACAUGAAUCCCAUCUUCUCCAUCUUAAUCGGAGGCAUACUUCCAUUUGGUGCAGUAUUUAUCGAGCUCUUUUUCAUACUCACAUCAAUAUGGUUGCAACAAUUCUAUUACAUUUUCGGUUUCCUCUCCAUUGUGUUCAUCAUCCUAAUCGUCACCUGUGCUGAGAUCUCGAUCGUGCUUUGCUAUUUCCAGCUGUGCAGUGAGGACUACCUCUGGUGGUGGAGGUCAUACCUGACCGCAGGGUCCUCGGCUCUCUACCUCUUCCUUUAUACAGCUUUUUACUUCUUCACAAAGCUCAAUAUCACAAAACCGGUGUCUGGCAUCUUGUACUUCGGAUACAUGCUUAUUGCUUCAUAUGCUUUCUUCGUUGUGACUGGUACUAUUGGGUUUUUAGCAUGUUUCUGGUUCACGAGGCUCAUCUAUUCGUCAGUGAAGAUCGACUAAGUGAAGCAAUGUGAACUAGAAGUGUCUAUAGUUCCUCACGAAGUGUAUAAACUCCUCAGAUUGGAUUUGAAAUGCAUGGCGUCUGCGAUUUCAUGGUCGACUCCUGAAACUUGUCUUUUGUAGCUCUUUAAUACGGGUCCCUGAGUUUUGAGUCUUUGCUUCUGUUAUAAAGUUUUCACUAUAUUCUUUAGAAACCUUGUUGAGAUGAUUCUGUAGCAAUUAACGUCGUUAAUUGUUCGUUACAGUUAAUGACCACUAAUUCCUGUAAAAUAGUAAUUUUCCCUCUGUUACAACUAAAACUAUAUGCAAGAUACUGCUAUUUUGUCACUAACGUUAAGGCAAAAUUUCAAGAUGGCAAUUAAGCUUGCCAUUCUUA